AUGAGAGGAAAACGAUCAAAACAAUAUCGCAAGCUCAUGGAGCAAUUCUCCAUGACCUUUGGCUUUCGCGAACCAUAUCAGAUUCUAGUGGACGCAGAAAUGGUCAAGGAUGCGAAUAGAUUUACUAUGGAUCUGGCGCCCGCGUUGGAAAGGACAGUUCACGGAAAAGUGAAGCCAUUGAUUACUCAAUGCGAAAUCCGAAAACUAUACGCGAAUAAGGACCAGCCUGGCGGCAAUGCAGCGAUUGAGUUGGCCAAGACGUUUGAACGAAGGCGCUGCGGUCAUCACCCCGACCAGUACCCCAAACCUCUCGAAACGAUAGAGUGCAUGCAAUCUGUGGUCGAUCCCAAGUCAACAGGCGAGAACAAGCACCGCUACGUUGUCGCAAGCCAAAAUCUGGAUGUUCGAAGAAUGCUACGAGGAAUCAGAGGAGUCCCGCUGAUAUACAUCAAGCGGAGCGUCAUGAUCUUGGAGCCCAUGGCGGACGAGAGUGUACAAAUCCGAGAGCGAGAGGAGAAGCGAAAAUUUAGGGCAGAGCUUAAGAAAACACUGGGCAAAAGGAAACGCGAGGACAAGGACGACAAAAAUGAGGGCGAGGCCGAUGGCAAUGGAAGCGACAGCGAGAACGAAAACAAGGCAGCGCUGGCAUCCGGAUCGGAAAAGAAGCCUAAAAAGUACAGAGGAGCCAAGGGAGCGAAUCCGUUGGCCAUGAAAAAGAAGAAGACCCAGCCAUUAGAGAAGAAAGCAGCUGUGAAGAAGCCAGAUGCCGAACCAGAUGCACCAGCCAAGCGGAAGCGAAGAAGGAAGGCCAAAUCAGAGAACGGCGCAACGAACAACGCGCCAGAACCAAGCACAGCAGCUCCCAGCAAUGGCGCAGAGGAGAGCUGA